UCGCUGAACGACUUUUAUUCCAACGCGCGUUUUGCUGAUAAGAUACCGUACUCAGACAAGAAGUCGUAUCAACUUAUAACUCAAAAUGAAAAACGUCCUAAUCGCGUGCAUUUUUGCAGCUACAUUGGUCUACUGUUAUGCAGGACUUACGCUAGAAAAACCUGAUGAUGACAAAACGAAGAGAGCAAUCGAUGAUAACCUCGGACUUGGUGGUGGUGUUGCUGGUGCUGGUUCCGUUCCCGGACAAACUGCUGGUGUUGAUCCAACGUUGAAUAAUGCGCAGACUGGCAUGAACGCUGGUGUCACAGCUCCUGCCGAACCUGCAAAUACUGCCGAACCAGCCCCGCCUCCUGCUGCUACCUCUGCUGCACAAUCUGAUGAUAGUGAAGAUACUGCCGAUAAUGCCGAUAAUGAUGAUGAUGAUAACGAUGAUGAUGACGACGAUGAUGAUUAUGAUGAUGACGACGACGACGACGAUGAUGAUGAUGAUGAUGAUGACGAUGAUGAUUACGAUGAUGACGGUGACGAGGGUGAAGAAUCAAGAGCCAAACGAUCUAGCGAUGAUGAUGAUGAAGGUGAUGAAGGUGAUGAUGAUGAUGAAGACGAUGAUGGUGACGAUGACGACUAUGAUGAUGACGAUGACGACGACGAUGAUGAUGAUGAUGAUGAUGAUGAUGAUGAUGACGAAGGUGAUGACGAUACAGAUGAAACCACGGAUGAUGAGGAAAGUGCACAAGAAAGAGAUGAUGUGAAAAGCAUGGAUUCUGACAAAGAACCCACCAAAGACAAGAAGGUGAAACGAUCCGCUGAAGACAAAGACGACGACAAAAAAAGCAAAGACGAAGAGAAAGAAGACAAAGAUGACGAGAAAGAAGACAAAGAUGACGAGAAAGAGGAUGAGCACUCGGACGAGAAGGAAGACGAUGAAGAAAAGGACGAUGAAGAAAAGGACGAUGAAGAAAAGGACGAUGAAGAAAAGGACGAUGAGAAGAAGAAAGACGACAAAGAGGAGAAGAAGAAGUCGAAACGAUCGGCUGAAGAGGAAGAUGAUAAGAAAGAGAAGACAGAUGACAAGACCGAGGUCAAGGAGAAGAAAGAUGAGAAGGAAGACGAUGAGGCAUCCAAACACAGCGAUGUCGCUAAAGCCGAAGGUGACGAUAGUGAUGCGGCAGACGAUGAUGAUGAUGAAGCUGAUGAUGAUGAGGACGAUGAUGAUGAUGACGAUAGUGAUGAUGAUGAAUAGAUAUCGUCAAUUGUUUUCUGUGAAAAUGGAUAUUGAAAAGUACAUGCAUGCUGUGCUGCUUCUUGUAUGAAAUGUUCUACGAACAAGCCAUAGCAGACAUAGUUUCGUGUCAACUAAGUUACUUAAUUAUAUUGCUUUAGUUCAUGGAUAGAGGUCACUAAGUUAAAUGUACCAAUGAUUUCUACAAAUAAUCAAAUAAAUUAACACAUCUUGUCGUUAUUUUUGCA